AUGGGUGCAAACACUUCCAAUCUUAAAAUUAAACAAAAUCUUUAUAGUACACCACCAAAAACGAAUAAUCGACUUUUAUUUGAUCCUCGAUCUCCAAGUGAUGGUGUUAAUCGAACGCCAAUUCACAUAGAUAAUCAAGCACCUAUAGCAUCUUUAAAACUAUACAAUCAUGUUAUGCCAUAUAUUAUUGGACCAGAUAUAAGUAUUCCCGAAGAAAAUAAGGAAAAUACUUAUCCUGACGAAAAAGUCGAUGUAGAAGAAAAUGAACCAAAACGUAUAAGUGAUAUUCAACCAACAUUAGAUCCAACUAUAACAUUAACUGCUUUAAUGGCAAAUAAUAAUGGACAAUUACCACCUUAUCAAUUAUGA